GUCAUUAAAAAAAAAAAAGAAUAGCUUUGUGAAUAUCCAACCAAGUCGCACACGUUGGCCACUCCGGCUGCAACAGACUGGGCAUCAGAUGCUUCUGGACGGGAUACGUUAGUCUUUCUCUCUCUUUAAUGAAAGACAGCCAUGGAACAUAUGGAAAGGCUUCGUGCAAACAACACUCAGAGUUUUCACCCAGCUGACAGUUGGAAGAGACAUAAAUAUCCCUGUAUCCUGAGCUUCAUAUGCAUUUUUCCACUAGUGGUUCUACUGGCUGCUCUCAGACACCCACUCGGAAAAGAUGUUCCAAACGUUCAGGGAGCAGCUGUACCGCCGGGUUUUCCAAGGGCCAUUUCCCCACCCUUCCAAGAUCUCAUCUUCCCACCUCAUCCCCAUCUGCGGCAGAAGCGCUACACCCUCACUCCUGGGCACCUAAAGUGGGAUCACUACAACAUGACAUACAAGAUUCUGUCCUUCCCCAGGAACCUCAUCAACGAGAGCCAGACAAGGAAGGGCCUGGCCACCGCUUUCCGCAUGUGGAGCGACGUCACCCCUUUCAGCUUCCGGGAGGUGUCACCCAACGAAGCCAGUGACCUGAAAAUCGGCUUCUAUUCCAUAAACCACACAGACUGCCUCGAGUCCCACAUCCAUCACUGCUUCGAUGGCACGACAGGGGAGUUGGCCCAUGCCUUCUUCCCACAGACUGGCGAGAUCCAUUUCGAUGACCACGAAUACUGGAUCGUGGGGCAGACGAGAUUUAGCUGGAAAAAAGGGGUUUGGCUUACAGACCUGGUCCACAUUGCUGCUCAUGAAAUCGGCCACGCCCUUGGGCUGAUGCACUCCCUGGAUCCAAACGCACUGAUGCACCUCAAUGCGACGCUGACUGGGAAAAACAUCAUCUCCCAGGAUGAGAUGUGGGGGAUCUUCAGGCUUUAUGGCUGCAAAGACCGACUUUUCCUCUGUCCUUCCUGGACGCAGAAAGGCUUCUGCAGGAAGCGGACGAAGCUGAUGAAGAAGCACUGCCCGUACAGUUGUGACUUCUGCUUGGAUUUCCCUUUCCCCACUGUGAUGCCAACCCCACCUCCUGCAAGGAUGAAAACGAGGAUUGUCCCAGAGGGCAGGAACGUCACCUUCCGGUGUGGGCAGAAGAUCAUUCACAAAAAGGGCAAAGUCUAUUGGUAUAAAGAAAAGGAACUUCUGGAAUAUUCCUAUCCGGGGUACCUCUCGUUGAACGACGACCACAUGAGCAUCAUAGCCAAUGCGAUCAAUGAAGGCACCUAUACUUGUAUCGUCAAGAAAAAGUCGAAAAUCCUCACCACCUACUCCUGGAGAGUCCGGGUGAAGCAGUAGGGGGUGGGGAGGAGUCCUUUGCGGGAACUUUGGGCUCUCGGCAACUGCACAGCUGAUCUGCAAAGCACCCCCUACCCCUACCCCCCAUCCGCCACUCAGCUACCUUGUUGGGGACGCUGGCUCUUCCUCAACCAGAGACAAUUGCUUGUUUAAAACAAAAAAAAAGUGUGCGUGGACAAUUAAAGGUUUCCCUUGUAGCAGUCCUCCUGAUCAUAGAGAUGAAGAGAGCAGGGCUGAUUGUUUGUUUGCUGGCUUACCACUGGAGUGUUAUUAUGGAUGACCAAAGGCAAGGCUGUUCUUUAAAAACAGAACCGUCUCAAAGGCCUGGCCCGAGAUGCCACGAGGCGUUCAGAUUCUGAGAUGCUGGGAUAGGUAUUGCAACGAAUUACAUCUGUGAAGUUGGGAUGGUUUAUUUGGACAGGAGCCCAGAAGACCUUGAGCCAGAUAUCACGCCAGCUGUUGCUUUCGGUAGUCUUAAACAUUCAACUGGGGCUCAAAAAGAGAGAGAGAGCCAGUUUGGUGUAGUGUUUAAGUGCACGGACUCUUAUCUGGGAGAACCGGGUUUGAUUCCCCACUCCUCCACUUGCACCUGCUGGAAUGGCCUUGGGUCAGCCAUAGCUCUCACAGAGCUGUCCUUGAAAGGGCAGCUGCUGCGAGAGCUCUCUCAGCCCCAUCCACCUCACAGGAUGUCUGUUGUGGGAGAAGGAGAUAAAGCAGAUUGUGAGCUGCUCUGAGACACUGAUUCAGAGAGAAGGGUGGGGUAUAAACCUGCUGUCGUCUUCUAAAAAAAAUGCAGAAAUACCGUUAAGGCCAGGGAGUCCUCAACCUUUUUGAGCCUGCAGGCCCCUUUGGAAUUCUGACAUAGCAUUGCGGGCACAGUCACAGCAUGGCCACCGCAGCUUAUCUUCAGUUGCACAAUGAAGAUCCUUGUACUCUGGUGGCAGCUGCUGCCAAGUGUUUUGGGUUUUUUUACAUCCGCACAUCCAUCAGAUCUAUGGUCAAUCAGGAGCCCCAUCUGAGUUUCUAAAAGACCUGGUGUCAGGAAAGGUGUUGAAGAUAAACAUCUGGAGCAGAGGUCCGUCAGUAUUGUUGGAACUCUUUCUGGGGCAAGCGAUGCUCUGUAUUCUUGGUGCUUGGGAGGGGCAACAGUGGGAGGGCUUCUAAUGUCUGGCCCUACUGGUGAACCUCCUGAUGGCACCUGGAUUUUUUGGCCACUGUGUGCCACAGUGUUGGACUGGCUAGGCCAUUGGCCCGAUCCAACGUGGGUUCUCUUAUGUUCUUAUGAGGGUGCUAUGGUGGGGACCUGUCUUAAUAAUCAAAAAGAUAACGAAGGUCAUUGCUAGAAGAGCUCUGAACCGCUUUAAGGUGCUAAAUAACUGUGUUCAUUUAAUAUUGGUCCUACCUGAGCCGCCUUUUUGAACCUGUAAAUGAUAACAGCUAUCGCCCUAGAGAUCAGUGCCUCCGUUUUGCAUCUUGGUUUCAAUACUGACCACAAUUUUUUUAUUGUUAUUAGAAAAAACCCUCGUCUGCAGCUUCUGGAAGGUUGUGAGAUUACUUAGGUUAUUUGCCAGUAAAUUGCUGCUGUUCUGGUUUAAUAAAGUGCUUCCCCUCCACA